CCUUACCCCUAAUCGAAUCACGCUCACUCUUUCUUUCCUCCAUACAUACACAAAAACCCUAAUCCGCCGACUCAAACACACACUUUCAACUCUCUUUGCAAUCGCCGAUUUACAGCAUCAGCUGUAGGUUUACAGAAAAUUUUCGUUACUUUUAAUUUGUGAGAGAUUUCAACAACAUGGCGUCCAGAUUUUGGAGUAAUCAGGCUGACAGUGAGACCGAGUCUGAAGCGAGUGAUUAUGAUCAAGAUGAUGUUAACGAUGGACCAGAAGAAGCUACGAAUGCACCUGACAGGAACAAAUAUCUUGAUAAUGAUGAUACUGACAGUGAUGAUGAUGAUAUGCAUAAGCGUGUUAUCAAGUCUACGAAGGACAAGCGGGUUGAAGAGUUGUCUUCAACUAUUGAUCAGAUGAAGAAUGCUAUGAAGAUUAAUGAUUGGGUUAGUUUGCAGGAGAGUUUUGAUAAGAUUAAUAGGCAGCUUGAGAAGGUUAUCAGGGUUAACGAGUCUGAUAAGGCACCAAAUAAUUACAUCAAGGCGUUGGUGAUGUUGGAGGAUUUUUUGAAUCAAGCUAUGGCGAAUAAGGAGGCAAAGAAGAAGAUGAGUAGUAGCAAUGCAAAGGCGUUCAAUGCUAUGAGGCAAAAGUUGAAGAAGAAUAACAAGCUGUAUGAGGAAUUGAUUAAUAAGUGUAGGGAGAAUCCAAAAAGCUUUGAGGAUCAAGAAGAGGAAGAGCCAUCAGAAGACGAGGAUUCGGAGGAUUAUGGCACAGAGAUUGACGAUCCGACUAAAGAAGAUUCGGAGUCGGAUGAUGGGGAUGACAAUGAUAACAAUGAGGAUAAUGAUGAAAACCAGCCUGGCUGGGAGAAGAUGAUGAAUAAGAAAGAUAAGCUAAUGGAAAAGCAGUUUAAGGAUCCAAGCCAGGUGACUUGGGAGACCGUGAACAAGAAGUUUAAGGAGGUUGUUGCUGCUCGUGGUAGGAAGGGAACUGGGCGGCUUGAGCUAGUUGAGCAACUGACAUUUUUAACGAAAGUAGCUAAAACUCCUGCUCAGAAGCUUGAGAUCUUGUUUAGUGUUGUCUCUGCUCAGUUUGAUGUCAACCCUGGUCUCAGUGGUCACAUGCCUAUAAACGUGUGGAAGAAGUGUGUAGAGAAUAUGCUUGUCAUACUUGAUAUUCUCGAGCAAUACCCAAAUAUUCUGGUUGAUGACACUGUGGAGCCUGACGAGAAUGAAACCCAAAAGGGAAUGGACUACAAGGAUACCAUUCGUAUAUGGGGAAACCUGGCAGCUUUUCUUGAGAAGAUAGACAUUGAAUUUUUUAAGAGUCUACAAUGUCUUGACCCUCAUACCCGUGAGUAUGUAGCGAGGCUUCAAGAUGAACCCUUGUUCUUUGUUCUUGCUCAAAAUGUUCAAUCAUAUCUAGAACGUGUUGGGGAUCACAAGGCUGCAGCGAAGGUAGCAUUGAAGCUUGUUGAACUUGUGUAUUACAAACCACAGGAAGUGUAUGGUGCUAUGAGGAACUUGGCUGACCGAUCAGAAGCCGUAGAUAAUGAAGAAAUAGCAGCCACUGAUUCAAAAGUGGGUCCACCGGCUUUUGUGAAUACUCCUGAAAUUGUGCCUAGAAAGCCUAGUUUUCCAACGAGUAGCAGGGCUCUGAUGGACAUUUUGGUUUCUCUUAUAUACAAGCAUGGUGAUGAAAAGACGAAGGCUCGUGCAAUGCUUUGUGACAUUUACCAUCAUGCAAUCUUGGAUGAGUUUUGUAUAGCUCGUGAUUUAUUGCUAAUGAGUCACUUGCAGGACAGUGUUCAACAAAUGGAUAUCUCAACGCAGAUACUUUUUAACCGGUCAAUGGCUCAGCUUGGUUUGUGUGCUUUUAGGGCAGGUCUUGUUGUUGAAGGGCAUGGCUGUCUCUCUGAAUUAUAUUCAGGGGGCAGGGUGAAAGAGCUUCUUGCACAGGGUGUUUCGCAGAAUCGUUAUCAUGAGAAGACCCCUGAGCAGGAACGCUUGGAAAGGAGAAGGCAGAUGCCAUAUCACAUGCACAUCAACCUCGAACUUCUGGAGGCUGUGCAUUUAAUAUGUGCCAUGCUGCUAGAGGUUCCUAAUAUGGCAGCAAACAGUCAUGAUGCAAGGCGCAAAGUUAUAAGCAAGACCCUACGCCGUCAUCUUGAUUCCAUUGACAGACAGACUUUCACUGGUCCGCCUGAAAACGUGAGGGACCAUGUUAUGGCAGCAACUAGAGCCCUUAGCAAGGGUGACUUCCAGAAGUCCUUUGAUGUUAUCAAUUCACUUGAUGUCUGGAGACUCCUUAAGAACCGUGAAACAGUCCUAGAAAUGCUGAAAAACAAGAUCAAGGAAGAAGCUCUUAGGACCUACCUUUUCACAUAUUCAGCAUCAUACGAGACCUUGAAACUGGAACAACUUUCAAAGAUGUUUGACCUUUCAGAAAGUCAAACUCAUUGUAUUGUUAGUAAGAUGAUGAUCAAUGAGGAGCUCCACGCAAGCUGGGACCAACCCACGCGAUGCAUUGUGUUCCAUGAGGUCGAACAAACCAGAUUACAGGGACUAGCUUUCCAGUUGACUGAAAAGCUCUCGGUUCUUGCAGAUAGCAAUGAGCGGGCCACUGGGGUGAGACUAGGUGGUGGGUUGGAGUCUUUACCGUCUAGGAGGGGGGAAGGCCAGGACUAUGCAUCUGUUGCUGGUGGCAACAAAUGGCAAGACAAUCAGUCUUACUCGCAAGGAAGGCAGCAGUCCAGUUAUGGUGGUGGUCGACCCUAUGGGCCUGGUCAGGGUUAUCAAAGGGGGGACCGUGGUGGUUCUAGAGGUGGGUACCAGAGCACACGGUAUCAAGAUAAUGCAGGUUCUGGUCGGACUUAUGGUGGUGCAACUGCUAGAGGUAGCCAGAUGGAUGGCUCUAACCGCAUGGUUAGCCUAAACAGAGGAACUCGUGCUUAGUGGACGGUAAUUCCAUUCGUUUCAUGUUUCUCAAUUGAUAUGUUUGGGUGCAAGACAUUUUUGAGACCAUCUUUUUAAGUUUUGUAUCGUGCUUGAAAGCCAUUAGACAUUACUGUUAAGUGAUCCAAGUAUCACAUAAGGAGCUACUUUGUUUUUUUCCUCA